AUGAGCUCGAGCCAGCUGCAGCAUCCCUCCUUACCCUCCGUCCUUCCCUCGGCUCCUGCUCUCCAGGAUGUUACUACCACCCCUCAGCAAUUCGAAUCCGGCUUAGCUAGGGUUACCACUCCCUCAGAGACGCCGAUAUUCAUCUGUGCAUUUGAGCACUGCUAUCGUCUAUUUCCGUCGCGUGAACGUCUUAUGCUCCACCGCAAGCGCGACCACGACUCGGAAGACCAGGGCGAUGUCAUAACCUGGAAUGAGUAA